UCUGAGUCCAAGUCUGAGGGCUCUCAGAGAUCCUCAGGCUGGAGCAGAGGUGGCCUGCAGAGCAAGCCAACUGUGCGCCUCUUGUUUUCUUCCAUCGCCUGCUUUUUCCGGACUGGAGUCACUGGGCUGCUCUGAAGGGCCUAGACCGGACACUAGGGUGCCGCGAGCGCGCUGAUGCCCCCAAGUGCUCGCAGGGCUUCCACCUAACCAUGCCGCAGCCACCCGCAGCUGCCUCGGCGCUACCCCUGCUACUGCUGCUGGUGCUGGUGCCGACACCGCCCCCAGCCAGCGCACGGCCGGCGGGGGGCCCCGAUUACCUGCGGCGCGGCUGGCUGCGGCUGCUGGCCGAGGGCGAGGGCUGCGCUCCCUGCCGGCCGGAUGAGUGCGCCACGCCACGGGGCUGCCUGGCGGGCCGGGUGCGCGACGCGUGCGGCUGCUGCUGGGAAUGCGCCAACCUCGAGGGCCAGCUCUGCGACCUGGACCCCAGCGCUCACUUCUACGGGCGCUGCGGCGAGCAGCUUGAGUGCCGGCUGGACGCCGGCGGCGACCUGAGCCGCGGCGAGGUGCCGGAGCCGCUGUGUGCCUGCAGCUCGCAGCGUCCGCUCUGCGGCUCCGACGGCCGCACCUACGCGCAGAUCUGUCGCCUGCAGGAGGCGGCCCGCGCUCGGCCCGACGCCAACCUCACAGUGGCGCACUCGGGGCCCUGCGAAUCCGAGCCCCAGAUCGUGUCGCACCCAUACGAUGCUUGGAAUGUGACUGGGCAGGACGUGAUCUUUGGCUGUGAGGUGUUUGCUUACCCCAUGGCCUCCAUCGAGUGGAGGAAGGAUGGCCUGGACAUCCAGCUGCCAGGGGAUGACCCCCACAUCUCUGUGCAGUUUAGGGGGGGACCCCAGAGGUUCGAGGUGACGGGCUGGCUACAGAUCCAGGAUGUGCGUCCCAGCGAUGAGGGCACCUACCGCUGCCUUGCCCGCAAUGCCCUGGGCCAGGUCGAGGCCCCAGCUAGCCUGAUGGUGCUCACACCGGACCAGCUGAACUCCACAGGCAUCCCCCGGCUUCUGUCCCUGAACCUGCUUCCUGAGGAGGAGGCUGAGAGUGAAGAGGGUGAAGAUUACUACUAGGUCCAGAGCCCUGGGCCGGGGGCUGGAUGAGUGGGCAGAGUGUUCAUCCUUGCUCUUGAAAAGACCUGGGAAGUGGAGGGGGAGCAGUGCCCCUUCCCUGAUUGUUUAAUGCCCUUGGCAGGGGGCAGCAUGGUGUAGGGGGAGACAGAAGUUAGGGGAAGGGAAGGAGAGAGGUGGAGACCAGGAGAGGUAGGAUGCAGAGGGGCUCAUGCAGGAGACAUUCUGGCCAGGACAGCUGUCUGUCGGUCAUCAGGCUGGGGUGGUGGGCAAGAGGGGUCAGAGCAGACAGAAAGUGGUACACACCCCAGGAUCCUCCACUUCUGGGCAGCCCUCCUUCCAGCCCAGCCCAGCCAGUCUCUCCUAACUUCCCCCACCCCCACCCCCACCCCCACCCCAGACCCUUUUUCCAGUUAUUUUCCUGGUCCCUAAACUUUGCCUGGCUUCAGUUUACCCUUCCUCAAAACUCACCUUCCACAAGUCUUCCCUCUCUUAAAUUCCAGUUGCCCUUAUUAACUGCAGUCCUCUCGGCUGUUUGUCGUCUGCUGGGCAGGUGAGGACAGUAGAGCAUGGUUCAGUUCAGUGCAGUUUGAUCGGCAAGCCUGAUUUUUCCCAUUAGUCUGGAAAUACCCGGAGGCCAGCACCAUGUCCUCUACCACUCUGUAUCUGGACGAUGCCUAGCACAGGACUAGGUCCAUAAUAGGCACCCAAUAAAGAUUGUGAACAAACCGA